UUCCCGCAGCAGCUCCAUUUUGUGUGGAAGGAGGAGAGAGUAGGUUGAUUUGUGUAUUUAAGGCGUAAAAUCGCCGCUUUUCUGUAUUUAUCUUGUUUUAAAAGUUGUAUUUUAUUAGAAGAAUAGAGGAGGAACCGCAGCAGCGAGACCUCGGAGGAAAGAGUUCGAGUAGAUCAUUAAAGUAACAGCGUCUGAGUAGAUUAACCUUAACCUGUUAGCCGAAGCUGUGAAUAAACCAACACUGGUCUCUCAGACUGACAAACUACAACUACUGGAUCACAGAACAAACAAGCAAGCCUGAAGAAAAAUGACUUCCCCCUCUUCACAAAAAGUCGUGCUGAAAAGCACCACCAAGGUGUCCCUGAAUGAGCGCUUCACAAACAUGAUGAAGAACAAGCAGCCGACCCCCGUCAGCAUCCGGGCCACAAUGCAGCAGCAGCACAUGGCCAGCGCGCGGAACCGACGACUCGCCCAGCAGAUGGAGAACAGGCCCUCGGUGCAGGCCGCCCUGCAGCACAAACAGAGUCUGAAGCAGCGACUGGGGAAGAGCAACAUUCAGGCCAGGUUGGGUCGACCAGUCGGCUCAUUGAUGCGGGGCGGCCCAGCAGGCCGGGGCUUUGUCAUGGGAGGAAUGCGUGGAGCCGCACGAGGCCUGAGGGGACGAGGAAGAGGUGGCAUAAUGAGAGGAGCGCUGUCGCUUAGAGGUGUGGGCCAGCUGAAGGGCCGGGGUGGUCCUGGGCGUAUUGGGCUUCGCAGAGGCAUGCGCCAACGUGGAGGAGGCCCUGGUAGAGGAGCACUUCAGAUUGGCCGUGGAGCUGGACGUGGAGCACCUGGACCUAGAGGACGUGGUGGCCUGCGGGGUCGUGGAGGUUUCGUUGCAAGGGGGCGCGGACGGGGCAGAGGAAGAGGAGCCGGUCGUCCUGUCGUUACAAGGGAGCAACUGGACAAUCAGCUGGACGCCUACAUGUCCAAGACCAAGGGCCACUUGGAUGCUGAGCUGGAUGCAUAUAUGGCUCAAGCAGACCCUGAAAGUAUGGAGUGAUGACAGCAGUGCUCAGGGAUGGAAGAGGACGAGAACAGGGCCCAUAUAAAUCUGCAAAUAAAUAGACUGAUAUAUUUUUGUCUGCCAACAUUCAAGGCUACCCCUUCCCACCUUCCUUUCCUCUGAAUGUUCAACAUAAGGUUCCACAAAUGUGUAAAGCUCUCCAAUACCGAUAAAUCAAUGACCAAGAACGUAAUUCGAGCAGAAUUGCACUGAGUAGACCCAGUAGUUUUGCUCAAACCCUUGGUGAAAAAUGUUAAUCGGUGAGAAAGAGAUGGGGAAAUUAGCUUUCUGUAAUGUGAAAUUGUUUUAAAUAUUUAAGUAAUCUUCUCAUGCCCUUUGAAUGAGAACUUUGCAGAUCUUAUGAUUUUGAAACUCAACUUGACAGCGGAGGCCCUGGGAGCUCGUUUCAACUGGACUAAAGAAAUGAGUUAAAAACACAACUGUUUUGUCUUGAUGCAAGCUGUCCCUACAAUGUCCUACGAAUGUCUUUCCCCUCCCCUUUAUAUUUCAUUGUAAUUUUAAAGGUAGAAUUUUUAUAGAGGGUCAUGUAACUACUUUUGCUUCUUUAUGUUAAAAUUUUUACAAAAUAUCUUGAAGUCUAUUGUAGCCCAUGUCCAUUUUUACUUCUUUGCCUUUUAAUAAAUCUUGGCCUCGAUGGACCACAAA